AUGUCGGGCAGCAGCGGCAGGAAGCGUCUCUCUGGCGGCACUGCUUCGUGCGCGUCUUCUGCCGAAGCAGCUACAGAGAACAACGUCUCCAGCGCCGGUGCAGAGACUGGUCCAGAUUCGAAGCUUUGUCACCACCACCAUCACGCCUCACCGGAAGCCGCAGCCUCCAGCGGGGGCGGAGAGAGCAGCCAUGAAGGAAGCAGGCUCCAGGACGACACAGAGGACGAGAGCAGCAGUGAGGAAGACGAGGAGACGGAGUCCGAGGAAGAAGUUGGCAUUGCCUUGCAGCUCCCGAAGAGGACCACUCGUGGGAAGGGCUAUAACAGGCUGCUGAGGGAGGAUCAGGAGAAAGACAGUGCGUUCUGGGGGCAUGAUACGUGGGCAGAGGAGAGUGGAGACGAGGAAUAUGACGCUGCCGCGGUAGCCGAGGCUGCCGCUGAGGCAGAAGCAGAAGAGGAGGUGGAUAGCGACUUCGACGUGCCAGAAAGCGACAGCAGCGAGAACGAGCAGCAGACGCAGUCCAGCAGCAAGCGGAAGAGGCGCGACUCCGAUGAAGAGGAGGCUGGCGGUCCCAGGAAGCAUAAGAAGGGGGCAGCGACAUUCUACCAGCUGGCGCUCAAAAGAAAGCUGCAGCAGCAGAAACGCAAGGAACGGUUGCAGCAGCAGAAGCAGAAGCAGCAGCAGCAGCAAGGCAGCGGCGGGGAGGGGCCCCCCAGAAGAAUCACGUCUACCCGCACCAGCACUCGCAUGCAGACCGAGUCGGUCGAAACGCAACUGCGUGUGUGCAGGCAGCAGCAAGCAGCAGCAGCAGCAGCAGCAGCAGCAGGUGGAGGGGGGGGAGCGGCAGGCACAAGCAGCAGGGAGCACCAGCAGCAACCCGAGAUGUCUCAGGAAGAGCACUUGCUACUGGCAGACAAGACGGAGAAGGAGACUGCAGAGGCUCUGACUGUGCAACAGCAACACAGGGAACUGCGCCAACUCCACAAGGAGUGGAAGGGGGCCCCCUACAAGGGCCCCUAUGAAAUGCUCGUCUCAUGGGCCUCCUAUUUGCAAGUAGGACCGCCGAACGAGGACGAUCAGGAUGCUGCUGCUGCUACAGCUGCAGCAAAGCCUCAAGAGGAAACUACCGGACAAGACGGCAUGCGAGCAGAAGAAGCGACAGUGUCAGCAGAAGGAACGGCAGCGUCAGCAGAAGGAACGACAGUGCCAGCAGAAGAAACGGCAGUGUCAGCAGAAGGAACGGCAGUGUCAGCAGAAGAAACGGCAGUUUCAGCAGCAGCCGAGGCAGACGAGGAAGAGGACUACGAAAAGGUGUUGCUCAUCUUCACAGACGGACGGCUCCCCGCUGUAUACGAAGCAGUACCACCAACAGUGCCUCCUAAGUCUCGCUGCGCCCUUACAGGCCUGCCCGCCCGCUACUUUGACCCCUUAACGCGCUGCUUCUACUCUUCUGCAGCGGCAUUUAAGGCCCUCAGAACCGCCUUUCACCGCAUGCGCGAACGCGAGGUGUAUAGACAACUCGUGGACCUUGACCAUGCCAUUAAGACGCAGGAAGAGAAGAUAAUCUAUCUCCACAAGGCAGCAGCCAGGGCCCCCACCAAAAGCUGGGAGAUGAUACAGGUGACGCAGGGGCCCCCGUCUUCCAGUACUCGAGGAGGGGCCCCCUCGGGAGCCCCUUACAAAAAACGAAGAAGAGGAAAAGGUGCGAGUUAG